UUGCUGGCCGACCCUCAUCCCAACAGGGUCGUAAUCAUUUCAAGUUGCAUACAGUUCUCUUUAUUUUCCCUCACAUCUUCUUCCAGUACACAUCCACUAACAGCACAGCAUCUAUCUUUUUUUUUCCUUUUUUUUUUUUGGUUUGAAAUUCACAUUAUUGGCUGCAGUUCUGUCGAAUCCAACCAGCCAUUUUCGAAAAGAAGGAAAAGAAGUCAUUCCCUGGUCUAUCAUUCGUUGUCGAAAUUCUGUCUGAAUGUAUUUAAAAGUGGAGAGUGUCAGUGCUGUGGAGAUCACGUCAACGACAUCACGGUUAUCGGGUGCUGUCAAUCCUUUGUCCUCUUCAUCGAGUCAGCGUCAAGGAGUUGCAAAAAUUCCUGUGCCGCUGCAGCAUCGACAGGGUGGCGGGGCGGCCGCUGCUGCUGCUGUUGCUGCGGCCGCCUCUGCCGCCACUGGAGCGUCAGCUUGCACUCCCGACGAGAUCUAUUGUUACACUCAGUCCAAUUCCAACAUCAAUCGGACGACGACUCCUUUCAAUCACCUCCACCACCUCCAUCAGCAGGAGCACUAUCAAUACCAUCACCAUUACAACCAGGCAGCUGCUGCUACAGCAACAACGGCCGCCUUAAACAGAGGAUUUUCUAGAUUGCCACCUCCUGCAGCACAACACCACUACGAUCCUGCAUCUUCAAUUGCCAAUUCGUCUCCCAUUAUGGGCCUCCAUCACAUUGAUGCGACAGCUUACGCUUCGACCGUCGAUGUACAACACGGACCCGGUCGACCAGACCGCUUGGAACAGGUUAUGGGAUUGCAUCCGCAAUAUCUGAAAAUCUACAACAAGUCGCAGUCGUUCAUCAUGCGAGGCGAUGGGCCGUUACCCUUCCACUACCGGCAUUACAUCGCUAUUAUGGCUGCCGGACGCCAUCAGUGUUCCUACCUGAUUGAACAGCAGGUGAACGAAUUCCUCCAACAGGGCGGUGACGAACGCUGGCUUGAUGGCCUCCAUGCGAUUCCUGCCAAACUGAGGGAUCUCUAUGAAAUUAACAAAAUCCUGGCGCACAGACCGUGGCUCAUCACCAAACACCACAUCGAGAAAUUGACAAAAGGCAGCGACAGUUGGUCACUCGGAGAGCUUGUACACGCGCUCGUCAUCCUUUCUCAUUAUCACGCCAUCUCGUCUUUCGUGUUCGGCGUCGGCAUCGGAGACGGCGAGGACGAACCGCCCUGCAGUAGCCCUUCGCCCGUCGGUCACAAGACGAGCGCCGGAUCGCCCACAACGGCCACGCUGACGGGCAACAGCAGCAGCGGCCAGUCUACUCCCAAUUCGUCUGCUGCGGGAUCGCCACCGUCGGGAUCGGCCAAUCGCAACGGGGGCGGCACUCCUUUAGUAUUGAACGCUGCACACAGAGAAAUGGAGGCGGCCUCUGCGCGCAUAGUAGUCGCAGGUUCCAAUCAAGGAUCCAAGUCCAAUUCGGUUUGUGGAUCACCUAACGAGCCGAGAAGUGCCGUGGGCAGUCGACGUGGCACGAACGAUUUUGGUAUGAUGCAAGAUCACGAGGUGAUGGCUGGCGGUUUGGAUGGUCUGAUGAGGAGGAUGAAGAAUUUGGCCGAGCAUCGGCAAGAGUACAGCGCCGAAGAGCAGACGAAGCGCUACGAACACGUCGAGAGUCAGAGCGCCGAGUUGGGUGUGGUCGGCUCGUCCUCGGCCGUCGAUGGCUUCUCAUCGAGUCGUCCCAAACCGGAAAUUAGUCAAUUCAUCGACGACCCCGAUUUCACUUAUCAGGACUUUGCCCGUCGCGGCUCGGUGAAUUUGAUUCCGACGUUUCGAGUGCAAGACUAUUCGUGGGACGACCACGCAUUUUCACUCAUCAACCGCUUGUACAAUGACGUUGGCAACUUGCUGGACGACAAGUUCCGUCUGAUGUACCAGUUGACGUACAACUUUAUGGGCUCCAAGAAGGACGUUGAUACGUCGCGCUUCCGCACAGCCAUUUGGAACUACAUUCAAUGUAUGUUCGGCAUCCGCCACGACGACUACGACUACGGCGAAGUCAAUCAGGUGCUCGAGCGUUCCCUCAAGGCUUACAUCAAGACGGCCGUUUGCUUCCCCGAGCGCGUCACCAGAGACGAUUACAAUGGUGUCCUCAAAGAACUUCAUCAUUCGGAGAAGAUUCACGUCAAUUUGAUGCUGUUAGAGGCUCGCAUCCAAGCCGAACUGCUCUACGCUCUGCGUGCCGUCAUGCGUUACAUGACAUAAAAAAAGAAAGAGGUUUUUUUUUUUAUCCGCUAAAGAAACAAAAUGAUUAGAAAGCGGCGUUUUUACAGUAGUAGACUUCCAUCACCCCACAAAUCUUAUUUUUUAAAACUCAGACUUUUCUUUUCCUCCCCAUCUCUCUCUUUCUCUCCAUUAAAUUAAUUUUUAUCUGGCUUCUAAACAGUUUCUGGCAUUUUGUUUCUCUCUCUCGCUCUCAGUGAAUGUAGGGAAAAAGAGAAAGAAUUUUUUUUAUCUUUUAGUUUAUUAAGCAAAUUCUUUUAGAUUUAUCUCCACACACACACCGGACGUUAGAUGAUGAGACGAAACUGCUUUAUGCGAUAGGUUUUUUCGAAGAAGGCACAGAAUUUGCCGCUCUAUUUGUGUUAAAAAAUUGCAAAAUUCAACAAAAAAAAAAUUCUUUUUUUUUUGUUUGAUAUGCCUCGUGUCUUUCAAAACUAGGGUGCGACAAUUUUAUCGCGUAUAAUUGAUAAAAUGUCGCACAAAACAAAUUCUCCAAAAAAAAAAAAAAAAUUUUUACAAAAUAUAAUUAUUCCCUUUAUUGUAAUGUCUCUCGCGCGCGCUAUUUGAAUUCUUCCUUUUUUUUUCUAGUUGAAAAAAAGAAAAUUCUUCUUCUUGUCUGUCUUGUGUUCUUUGCGUGCAUAGAUGGAUAAGUGAAUUGAUAGUUUUUGUGAUUUCCGGCUCUCACGGGAAUGUUGAAGAUCGCUAUAGGAUGGAUUGCUUUAAACAAAAAAUCGUCACAAUCGUGGGGUCGCAGUGGACGUUACCGAGUAACGCGUUUUUUUUUUUUUUCAAAUGAAGAAAAAAAAAAAAAGCUUUGAUAGCCGUAAAAAAAAAAAAAAAAAAGAGCUGUGUCUGGAUAUAUAUAACCUUCUCUUUUUUUUUUUAAAUACUUCAGUGAUUCAUGUUUUUUGGUAGUGAUCUCUUAUUUCUCUAAAUAUCUUUCUCUCGAGUCUUAUCGGACCUUUGUUGGUACACACUCCCCUCCCCCACCCACCUUUCACGGUCUUUUUUUUCUUUUCGUGAAAAUGUUUGGAAAUCCGGUCGGUGCGAAACGAAGUAGCCGGAUCAUUGUGUGAUUCGUUUUGAAAGACAAAUUUCUUUUAGGUUUAAACAAAAUUUAAGGAGCGCUGCUUUGUCGUUGCGUCCAAUAUCCUUUCAUUUUUGCUUUUUUUUUUUUGGAUUUUUGCAAUUGAACGAAGAAUUUUUUUUAAAAAGAAAAUUUUCUUUUCAAUUAAAAAAAAUCAUUUGAAAUACAGUCGUCCAAAAAAAAAAUGGAAAAAAUUCACGUUUCACCCCUCCCCCUCACACAAUCCCUGUAUUAUUUGAUUUAAUAUAACUUACAUUAGCUGAUAGGAAAAUUAUGGAUGAUGAAAAACGCAAAAAAAAAAAUAUAACUUGAUAUGUUCGCCUUUGUCGUGUUCUCUUGUCGGACUAUCCCUCUCCCCGUGCUAUAUUACCCUCCUAUACCUCUCCCAAAAAUUUUGUGUGAAAAAAUUCAGUGAUGAUGCGAUCAUUCGAUUAUUUUGAACGGAGCAAAACUAAAGUGAAAACAAAAAACGAUAAUAAAAAAGACUAAG